AUACUAGUGAAAAGAGUCCUUUCCUUCGCGUUAUUCAUGAAGAGGAAAGUAAUGAAAUCUAUCGAACACCUGCAAUUAUGGCGGUCUCGGCUUUUAAAUGGUCAGCUGCUCGUCGACAUUUUAUUCGUCAUAUCCUUACGUACAUAUUAUAUGCUAUCACAUAUACUAUAACAGUUAUUUCGUAUUCAUUCACGGGAGAAUCAACAAAUUUAUUUAAAUCAGAUUCUGCAGCUGUAAUAAAAAGUAUUUCCUUCUUUGUAUACGUUUAUACUGGAUGGUAUUUAAUUGUUACAGAGAUUGUGCAAUUAAAAAGAGCAGGAUGGUAUAAAUAUAUUAGUAUUUAUAGUUUUUUUGAUAUAGCAUCCGUUUUAUUACCAUUUGCAGUUAAUAUAGUGAGCAUUUUAAAUAUUUAUGAAGUAAUAAAUUUGAAAUAUUCUGUAUAUAAUACUGUAUUGGCAUUUACAGCUUUAGUUAUGUGGCUUGAAGUG